GGGAAUCGCGUCUGUGCCACGUUUUUCCUGACCGCGUGCCUGGAUGUUAUAUCACAAACCACGGGUUCGCGGGAGAUGGCGGUCAGUGCCGUGAGACACCUCGCGCUCGUCCUUUGCGUCCUGCUGCAGUACCACGGCUAUGUGACGGCUCAAAAUAAGACUCUGAAGGAUCUCUUCAACAGCACGUCUUGCGCCAAGCCGCCUUACACCUGCCCGCAUCCGCAGAUAGAAUUCUAUCUGUACACCAGAGAAACGCAGCAGGACCCGCGUCUGUUGGACGUGCGAAACUUCAAUUCUCUCCGGUACUCGAAAUUCGACAAGACUCAUCCGACGAAAAUUAUCAUUCACGGCUUCGGCGGUGGACGAAACUUGGCACCCAGCACGGAUCUGCGAAAUGCGUAUUUCGCGCGGGGCGAUUACAAUAUCAUAAUCGUGGAUUACGGCUUUUUGGUACGCGAGCCCUGUCUCGCGCAGAUCCAGUGGGGCCCGGACUUCUGCUCGCAAUGCGUCGCUCAGCUGGUGAAGUACCUGAGGGACCAUCCCCGGGGCACGCGGGUGGAGAACAUACACGUGCUCGGUUACAGCGUGGGCGCGCAUAUCGCCGGACUCAUCGCGAAUUACCUGCCCGAUGACAAGCUCGGGAGAAUUACGGGCCUCGACCCGACGAUAUUUUUCUACAUGAACGGCAACCGCUCGAUGGAUUUAGACGAGACCGAUGCUCAUUUUGUGGACGUGAUCCACACGGGCGCGGGGAUCCUGGGGCAGUGGGGGCCCAACGGCCACGCGGACUUCUACGUGAACGGCGGCUCGAGUCAGCCCGGGUGCGCCACUUCUUCUAUACUCCAGACGCUCUCGUGCGACCACACCAAGGUGACGCCGUACUACAUAGAGUCGAUCACGACGAAGAAGGGAUUCUGGGCGGCGCCGUGCGCGAAUCUGUUCUCUUACCUGAUCGGAUGGUGCAAUCCGAAAAGAGAGGAGUACAUCUUAAUGGGGGAGGAUUCCCCUCAUACAGCACGCGGCAUCUUCUAUCUGUCAACAAACGCACACAAACCGUACGCCCGAGGACUGCCCGAAAAAAGCCAGCGUCGGACAAGUCGGAAGCAAUCGUCCUCCCGCCAGUACUGAGCCUGUUGAAGCAACUAAUCAAUAUAAUUAUAGAGUAGCGUUAGCUGUGAGUCAGGACUCGCUCAGAGAGAAAGAGAGAGAGAGAGAGUUUCCUUUUCACAGCUUCACGCAACUCUCUUCGCAAGCAAGAUCCCGAUCAUUUGUUGCUCGUCUUUUCCUCGCCGUGCAGGAAAGCGCUUUCUUUUCCUCUUUUAUAAAUCAAUUCUUUCAGUCGCGAAAUGAAAAGCAGCAGCGGUGUACACCUCACGUAUCGUAGUCUGCGUUCAAUGACAUCCGAUUAACCGACGUACGGCUCGACGUUCCAUGUGUCCACGUAACACUUUCACUUGCCGCACUUCUCUCGCUCGUAACCCGGGAUCUUAUUCGCGCGUUUAUCUAGACUCUAGCACUUCGUGCUUGUUUACUGAUCGACUCGUUUCGCGAUACGUUCAUAGGCGAAUCGACUCGUAAUCUUGCAAAUGUAUUCAUACGAUUUAAUGAAGUAGCGUCGUGUCCUCGCGCGAAAGAAACCGGACUCGACGAGGUUAAAUCACGGUCAUUGAUUGUCAUACAUGAUUUCGUAAGUGGUGCUAGUUUCUAGUUUCGAGUAUCCAUCUCGUGUUGACGCUCACAGCGUUAUCUUGAGAUAUAGCGAGGAAAAAUAAUUUAUUUUGAUAAACAUAAGAAAGAUCGUGCGUUCCUUCGCAUCCUUCGUCGACGGGAGGAGCUCCUAGCUCCGACGUCUUUCUUCGCUCCAGCGUAACGUUAUAUUAUAUAUACUUAUUUUUAUAUGUAAUUUAGGCUUUACAAGUUGCGCGAUGCAAUUAGUUUAAGAACCCACGAUUCUUGGAGAGCGGAGAGUUUACUGUCGACUUGUAAAAAGAGACUUUUAGAAUACAAAUGUCGCUCAGAGAGAA